AUGGUAUAUUUUGUUGUCCUCACAACCACUGAAAAAUCGAAGCCAAGCAGAAGGAAAGUGGAGAUGGAAAAAGUUUUUCGUUUUUAUUCGAAAUCUAGAAAUAUUUUCAUUCACGAAAGCCUUUCAUUAAAACUAUCCACCAUUGAUGACCCCAAAAGUGGAUAUGGCCUUUUCAUAGAGCCUUCCAAGUUCAAUCAUGAUGAACUGGAGAAUGAAACCAUUCAACUGCUACGAAUCCCUAAACAUUACACGUUUAAUAUCAACACCCUUCUGACUCUCUUGGGAGAUGAAGACGAAUUUUCUUCAAAAGAAGAAUUCCAAAGAACAAAUAACAAAAUUAAGAUUGCCCUUCGUGAAAUAAUGGCUCAUCCCAACUUCAGUAGAUUUCUGACAGAAACGAAUUUACUCAUAAUUUAUUUCAUGAUAUUCCGGACAAUUCAUCGUGAUUAUGAGAUACCCAAGAAUAUCAAAUAUUAUUUAGAAAAUGUUUUAAUGAGGAUUAAAGUGGAAACGGCUAUGGAUUCAAUUGAGAACUUAGCCACUGAUUAUGGACAUUAUCCGCAAAUUUUUGGCCUGCGAGAGACACUAAUGUUAUUCAAAGAACUUUUCCAAGACCUCCUGAACUUAAAUGACAUCAAACAUAUUUAUUCUGCAAUAAUUUCACGUUGUUUAGAGAUACCAGAAAAGUCCGAUACCAAAGGUGAAGAGUUCACCGUUCAUACUACUUUAAUUCCCAUUUUAGAUUUUGCCAACCAUGAAAAUACCCAAAAAAAUGCUUACUUUGACAUCAACCCCUCCAAUAAUGAUGUUUUACUUAUAUUGGAUACGAAAGCGGUUCGAGGAAAGACUGCAAAACCUUUUGAAGCUUUCAUUAGUUACUCACCAACAGAGGAUUUGUUUUCCAUGUUAAUAACAUACGGGUUUACCCCAGUUUUUAAAGGAUAUUCCCAAUUUUGGGCUUUAUCAUUUGACAGGUGCUUUUUAAGAGACUAUACUGGGCCAGAUAAGAAUACAAAUUUAAGACUGUUCUACAAAUGGAUGCAUAUAAAUCCAGUGAUGCCACUAGUUAAACACGAGCACAAUGGACAGGUCCGCUGGUUUAUCAAUGACACCGCACCAGAAUUUGAUAUGCUUUUGCUCCCAUUCAUUCCAUCGUUAGGUGAUGCCAAAAUUGCUCGGUGGGCAUACGAUUCCACUUGCCAUUUGAUGUUCACCAAGAUUCAUUGCUUAGUAAAUCCUGAGACGAACGAACAUGCAUCAAUGAUUGCAGAAAACUAUCACUCUCUCAUUAAAGAGAGGGAGUUAAACGGUGACGAUUUCAUAAACUUACCGCCAUUAGCUUGGUCGUUGCAUUACAAGGAUACAGAUAGCGGUUGUGUUCGGAAAAGACAUGUGAACAGUGAAGAUGCAAUCGCUGUACUUCAACAAGAGCUGGGGCAAGACACAGCCGAAAUCAAAUCUCAGUUUAUCAACUUCUUCCGGAGCUUUUUAGAAUUUCGGAGAUCCAGAAUCACUAAACCUACCAGUGAUUCGAAAGUUGCGAGCGUAUUAUUCGAGCAAGAAAGGGAGAUAAUUGCUGACCUAGCGAAAGCUAUCGAUAACAGCUCUACUGUUUUUUUCAGCGAUCUAAAAGUUACACUGCACGCCGAACUCGGUAGACUACCCCCUCUAAGGUUUCUAGAUGAUCACAUAGAGGUCUCAGUGGAUAAGCAGAAGCCAAGCUUUAUUUGUGAAGACCUUGCUUCUUACACACCCAAUAGAUUUACAGAUUUUUUUCAAGAAGAAAUAAUUAAAUAUGCCACUUUCUUUCAGGAUGAUUAG